AUGUCGGGAGGCUUCGCCAACGCCGUGUACUACCCCUCGUGGAUCAUCUACAAGGGCAAGCCCCCAUCAUGGUUAAACGUGACCCAGGCGAGCCACGUUCUCUACUCAUUUGUCGGCAAACACGAUGACGGGCUGACCUCGAUCAAGGCCAUUGACGAGUGGGCCGACACAGGCGUCGAGGCCGACGGCGAGAAGGGUUGCCUCGCGGCCCUCGCCAAGCUGAAGCGCUCCAACCCGCACCUCAAGACGCUCGUGUCCAUCGGCGGCGGCACCGGCAGCGCGCAGUUCCCCGCCAUGGCAGCCAACCCGCAGGCCCGCGAGACAUUCGCCCGGGCGAUCCGCGCCUUUGUCGAGCAGCACGAGCUCGACGGCGUCGACAUCGACUGGGAGCACCCCAAGAACACCCGCGAGGGCAACGACUUCUUGCACCUCCUCUACACAAUCCGCACGCAGCUGCCGGGCCCGCGCUACCUCCUGACGACGGCGCUGCCGCCGGGCGAGUGGGUGCUCCGCAACAUCGACCUCGCGCAGGCGGCGCAGUACCUCGACCUCCUCAACCUCAUGGCCUACGACCUCACGGGCGCCUGGACGCCCGUCGCCGGCCACCAGGCGCAGCUGCGCGCGCCGCCCCACCUCGCGCACCACGACUGCUGCCGCGCCCACUGCGCCGCCGGCGUCGACUACUGCCUGCGCCAGGGCUUCCCCGGCCGCAAGAUCCUGCUGGGCGUGCCGGCGUACGCGCGCUACUUUCCCGGCGCCCGCGCGGCGGGCCACCCGUUUUCCGACGCCGGCGAGCUGAACUAUUGCGAUUUGCCGGCGGCGUGGGUCGAGCAGGCGCGCGUCGACGAGGAGGCGGCGGCGGCGUGGCACGUCGAUCCCGACAAGGGGUUCGCGAGCUUCGACACGCCGGCGAGCGUCCGCAUCAAGGCGCGCUGGGUCAGGGAGAGGCAGCUCGGCGGGCUCAUGUACUGGACGGGGUCGGCGGACCGGCCGGGCAGGGAGAGUCUUAACGUCAUUGUUACGAACACAUCAUCUCUCCAAUUCAAUCUCUACCCUUGA